CGCGUGGUCCAACGACUUUUGCCCGCGAUACCUGUCCUUCGUCACGAACGGCUUCUCGGGGAUCCCGACUCUUCACGAGAGACCAGUAUGAUCGGAGGCGUUCCGUCGCUCUAUGAAGACAAGCGACAUCUUGCAUGAGAUCGACGAUAUGUGUGGAUUACUCAAGUUGAUGUUGUUUCCGUACCAGUACAUCACCUCUCUCCGCCAGCGGGAAGCGAACACUGUCGAUCCGGUUGAGGCACUGGUGAGCCCGAGUAUACGCGUCCGCUUUCUGUCGCUCAAGUCUGUGGCGGUCGAAGCCAUACGUGUCUAUAUGUUGGACUAUGGAGAUAGCAAGGAUGGUUACUUCGCGAACGAGAAGAAAUACGAGACAGGUGAGGACCGCGUGUUCCCCGAGUGGCAGGUGCUGAUAAGCCGCAGAGAAAAACAUAGCCCGGCAUUUCGCCAAGCAGAAAGUGUGGCCCAGAUCCGUGUGGAUCCGCCGUGCGAGAUUCUACCACUCCGCGCGUCUGCGGUGGAACUCGAUCGAGAGGUUGCGGGGGCCGCUCGAGAAUGCGCUGAUCGACGAUCUGGUCGAGUGGUCGCUUUCGAAUUACGCGACGAUCCGUCGUACAGCCAAGACGUGCUGGACUCGGUUUCUGCGGUGUACGAUGGGGUCCGGCGCCGCGCGCUGCCGAAGCUGUAUAGCGCCCUCGCCCCCGGGACCGAUGAUGAUCGGAUGAAGGGUGCUUUGUGGACGCUGAAUCUGAUGUCCUUUGGGAAGUAUGCUGCAGGAGAAGUCACCUUAGCCCCGCAACUCAUCGAAAAGCUGUUCGCUUGUCAGCACAACGAAAAGCCCUCCAUCCAAGAUGCUGUAUCGACUGUUGCGGAGAACUGCCUGAACAGUCUGAGCGAGGCCUCUGAUCUCGUCUACAAGCUCGAGAACAAAACAUUGGAUGCCAUCCUUGCUGAGAGACAAUUGGACAAGGCCGAGCUUGCCCUAGCGCGUCGUUGUGAACAAAACAGACUCGAACGCUCUCGUGUGUCGAAUGAAGCGUCAAAGGAACUGGUCAGGACCCUCCUCGCCAUCGGCAAUUCCUCCAAAACGCACUGGAAGUACGAGAUUGCCGCUAUCCGAUGUCUCCGUGCGAUCAUCCGCCGGGACGUGCCUACUAGCGCCGAGCAAAUCGGUUCUUCAUGCACAAGACAUACGACAGCAAUCCCAAUCUACGAUACAGUGUACUUGGACAAGGACCCCGCGCCGGGCUGGCUUGCCUGGGGCGACUCGGUCACCCUGUGCCGGGUGCCGGACCGGGUGAAGUCGACGUUCUUGCCGUGGGAACGCGGGAGCGAUGCCUUUCUGUCCGUCUAUUUCGGCGAGGAGAACCACGAGUCGACGAUCGUCAUCGACAAUGUGUCGUAUGUCAAGUCCAUCUUCCAGCUGCUUGAGGACGAGCCGUUCGAGGCCCUGCAGCCGGUGCUGUACAAGCUGCUCGACGAGAAGGAGCUGGACAAGCAGCGCGCGCUGGCGGAGUUCACCGCCGGCCCGGUGAUCGUCGAUGCGUUCAGCCAGAAGCUGAAAACGGAUACGGUCUCGAUCUGGCAAUCGCUUAUCGAGUACCUGUUCCAGAACAAGGACCCGCGUCGUCUCCAGCCGUUGGUGGAUCACAUCAUGGAGCUUUGGACGCAGCUGGACUUCCAGCCCGAGCUCGCAUUUGAUGCCACCAAGUACUUGUCCAUCUUCAAAUCGUUCUAUCGUGAAUUGAACUGGAAAUUCCUGGGAUGGACAGACCAAGCGGUAGAACGGUACUGGAAACAGCUGGAAGUCAACGAGCACGAGGACGUCCGCGCCUUCAUCGCCGAUAUCCUGCUCUUCUCCAACAGAAUCAAGUCAUCGCCGCGCCCGUCCUGUCCCUCGACCGAAGUGUUCGUCAGAGAAUGCCGGACGUUGCCGGUCAGCUACGACAUCAUGGGCAUGCGCGGGAUGUACCACAUGGAUCGCUUCACCGAGCUCGUCGGCAAGUUCCAUGUCUGGCGGGAGGAGCGGGUGUCCGGCGUGCGCGCUUUCCAGUCUACCUACGACAGAGUCGGCAUCACGAUCUGCAAGUUCCUGUUCCAGCUGCUGCUGAAUACCUCGGCCAGCGCUGUGUUCGACUAUGUCCUUCCUCUGAUGGCAAGUUCUGGCAUGCUCACAGCCGUGUCUGAUGCUGACGAUCCUGACACCGCAGCCAGAGCUGUUCAGGUUCACAGAGCCGCAGUGAAUGAUAACCAGGAUCUGGCCACCAGAGCCAACGAUGUGCUCGUUCAGAUGUGUGGUGUGACUGUUCCUGUCCCGUUGAUCAAUCCCUUGAUCGACGGGAUAUUCGAGUCCAUUCGCAACUCCCCAUCGUGGAAGGUCCGGUUGAAGGCGAUCCCUCUCAUCCAAAUCUUCUAUUUCCGUCAACUGCCUCUGAUCUCAGACGGAAAGCUGAUUGAGAUGCUCGAGGUUCUGUGCCAAUGUCUGGACGACGAGGUCAUCAACGUUCGAGAAAUGGCAGCUACGACGUUGUCAGGGAUUCUGCGUCUCUCGCCCCGCAGACACAUCCUCACACUCCGCGACCGCUUCGUUCAGCUGAUCAAGAAGAGUCACAUCCCGCCGCGCUCGGAUCCUGCAUACGCGAAGAGCCUGCGCCAGCGCCAUGCCGCUAUUCUGGGCGUCUGUGCCUUGGUCGAUAGUGUUCCCUACACGGUGGAGAAGUGGACCCCGGAUCUGCUGACUAACGUCCUCGCUGAACACACCUAUGAUCCCGUGCGAUCCAUUUCUUCCUGUGACAAGUGGUUAUUGAUCGAGUUUAUGCAGGCUCCCAUCUCAACAACUGUGCGCAAGUGUGCGCGUAACUUUAGUCGCACCCACCGAGAUACGUGGCACGAAGAUUCAGCCCGGUUCGAUGAGUCCCAGCUGGCAGCGCUGUCCACAUUGCUUACCGGAUCAUCAUACUAUGCCUAAUGCACGAAGGAAUGAAGGAAGGAAGCCAUUGUACGAGUAUAAUUCAGUAGGAGCACACGCUAAUCUAGUCGCAUUCCGCCAUGCUUUCGAAUAUCUUUGCAAUCAAUAACCAUCGCUUACGUCAUGUUUCCUUCCGUCCAUCAGCUCGCGUUCUAGACCCACGGGCGAGUCUCGUGAAAAUCAAUGUUGCAUUCUACGUCGUAGAUAUCUGCGCGUCGCGCCGGGGUCGACGCGGAUAGCGCGCUCCAAGCCCCUGCAACCAUACCUGCAGCUCGCCAUCGACCGCCCUGGUGUCAAGCCGCGCGUUAUCUUAUCUGCGCCCGUCAUGAGUCAUCACGAGAUCGCGCAUACAGCUGACUUCGCCUUGCUCUCCUCCUCCUCCUCCUCCUCCUACCUCAUGUUACUUCAAAGACUCUCCUCCGCGCCCGGCGCCCUCGUGCGAAAUGCGGCAGGACGGGGCAUAUCGUCGACCGCACGACGCGCAUUGCCGGAGAGGCAUCGGGACCCUCCAAUUGCCAUGCCCCCCGCCAAAAAGCUUGCCAUCGUGACCUGCAUGGACGCGCGGAUAAACCCGUUCAAGCAGCUCGGCUUCAAGGAGGGCGACGCGCAUAUCAUCCGCAACGCCGGGGGCAUGGCGAAGGACGCGUUGCGCAGCCUGAUCAUCUCCCAGCGCCUGCUCGGCACGCGCGAGAUCGCGGUCUACCACCACACGGGCUGCGGGAUGGUCACGUUCAACGGUGCGGAGCUCAAGCAGCUCGUCAAGUGGGCGAGCCCCGGCGACCAUGUGUGCGCGCAGCAGGUCGACGGGAUCGACUUCCUUGAGUUCUCGGACCUCGAGCAGUCUGUCCGCGACGACGUCGAGUUCUUGAAGUCCAGCCCGCUUAUCAUGAAGGGCACGAAGAUCACCGGGUGGAUACACCAGAUAGAGACGGACCAGGCUACGCGGGUGGUGUAACUGCGAGCAAAAGUAGAUGUAGUACUAGUAAUACAGCGGUAGAAAAGUGCACAAGCAUUUG